AUGCCUAGAGAUCCAUUAAUUGGUAUUGUGGGAAAGCCAUCUUCUGGUAAAUCUACUACUUUGAAUUCCUUAACAGAUGCUGCUGCUGCAGUUGGUGCAUUUCCGUUCACUACUAUCGAACCUAAUAAAGCUACUGGUUAUCUCCAGGUAGAUUGUGCUUGUUCUAGAGUGGGUAAAGAGGAUCUAUGUAAACCAAACUAUGGUUGGUGCUCCAAUGGUAAGAGACACAUUCCUGUUAUGUUAUUGGAUGUUGCAGGUUUAGUUCCAGGUGCCCAUUCAGGUAGAGGUUUGGGUAAUAAAUUCUUAGAUGAUCUGAGACAUGCAGAUGCUUUGAUUCAUGUUGUAGAUGUAAGUGGUACGACAGAUGCAGAAGGUAAAAAUACAAGAGGUUAUGAUCCUUUAAACGAUAUUGUUUGGUUGCAAGAUGAAAUUAGACUUUGGAUCGAAGGUAAUCUUAAGAAAAGAUGGGGUUCUAUUGUGCGUAGACAUACUGCUACUAAAUCUUCUGCGGUCGACACUUUACAAGCUCAAUUCGGUGGUUAUGGUUCUCAAGCUACAAUGAUUCAGAAAGCUUUAGCAAGAAUUGAAGAUUUACCACCUUUGGAAGAAUGGGAUGAUGAGUGGAUUACAAAAGUUGUCAAAUCAUUCAUGAUGGAGAAAUUCCCAACGGUUCUAGCAUUGAAUAAAAUGGAUCAUCCCGAUGCUGAUAAGAAUGUUUCUAAAAUUAUGAUGAAAUAUCCAGAUACAAAAGCUGUAUUAACAAGUGCAAUUACAGAAGUGUUUUUAAGAAAAUUGAAAAAGCAAGGUUUUAUUCAUUAUGAAGAAGGUACAGAAUUUGUUGAUACUUUUGAAGAUGAUCCAGAGAAUUUAAAAGAAUUAGAUGAAAAACUAUUAAAUAGAAUAGAAAAUAUUAGAGAUUUGGUACUUUAUCGUUUCGGCUCGACAGGUGUUCUUCAAGUAUUACAAGCAGCAACAGAUGUUUUGGGUCUGAUACCAGUCUACACAGUUAAAAAUAUUCAAACAUUUACUGGUGGUAACGGUACUAAUGUAUUUAGAGAUUGUUUCUUAGUUAAGAAGGGUACUCCAGUAGGUAAGGUUAGUAGAUAUAUAAUGGGUGGUGAAGUUACUAUAGCUGCUAUUGAGACUGUUGGAGGUAUAAGAGUUAGUGAGGAAGCUGUUGUUGAACCUGGUAAAAACGAUAUAUUAAGUUUUAAAAUAGCUCCAAGAAGUACGGCUUAG